CAAUGCCAAUGGUUCAACUCGAUAUUUGCGAAAUAAAACAAACCUAGGUAGAAGUUGUAUAGAGGAAACUAGAAGGUCGGUCUAGGUGGGACAAGAAAAUAUGCGUGUGCUUGCUACCACCACUGCCCUGGCGGGCGUCGCCUAUGGCUCUGAAAAGAGCCGACCUGUCUCAAAGGUCAUCAAGCUGCUCAAAGACAUGCAGGCGCAAAUGGAAGCUGAAGCUGAGGAGGACGAGUCAACCUUUAAUUAUGAUAGAGCAGUAUUGUUGAUGUUGUAGGAUAAGCAUUUUGUGCGAAUUGUUCAGAAUUAGUCGUAGUGAAACCACAUGGAGUUGAAGCUCUGGGUUUCAUCAUUGUUUCACCCCUCUUUUAACUGUAAGCUCAGAGAUGGUCGUGAAUGAUGCCACACAACAGGUGGACAAUUUAAUUGCGACUAGUCGGGUCUCUAUCAUCUCACGUUCAUCCAGAUUGAGAUUUUGUGAGAAGACGCGGAAGACACAACUAGUACAUGCUGAUCUCCAGAAGUCAAAGAUACCCGACAUCUCUCCCUCUAAUCCCAGAAGAUGGGUUGCUGGUGCGACACAACGAAGGCCGAAACUGAAGAGGCCAUCGCCACAGACAAGAAAUGCAUAGCGAAGGCAACCGCAGAUAUUGAGCAAGCAACCGGCGCCAAGGCAGCUGCGAAAACAGCCAAGGCCGAUCUAGAAGAAAGAAUUCAGAAGUUAUGAACCUAUGUGAUAUCAGAAUCAGUAUCAGACAAGGUGUAGUAGCUAUGAAUGUCAUAACCGUACAAAUCGAUGAGAACACGGCAAGAAGCAAUAGUUAUGAGGAGGUAAAUGUUUUGCUUUUUACGUACGCGAAUGCGCUUUUACUGGAUGAGUACCUGCUUGCUGUGUACUCCGACAUCUCUCGACUAGUGGACUACCAUCUAGAAGGUAGUAAGACCUGAGCAGGAGCAGAUGAGUCCACUCUAAAAAAGGAUACACAGGAUUUAGAGACAGCAACGGAAAUGCGUGCGAAGGAGCUUGCAGAGUAUUUUCUAAAUUUUCUAAAUUUGGUCAUGCGAGUUCUAUCGUGUGCCUCUUCUUCCUUCAGGACUGCAAUUAUACUGCACACUAGUUCAUCCCAGCAAAAGAGAAUGGUGGUCCUUAUCCUCGCAAUCCACGACGUCACCUAGGUUUACCGCGGAGGAGAAGGAGAUGGUCCAGGCCAUUGGUGCGUUGAAGUCUGCUGUCACGGUCCUCAAGAAACACAACUCUUUCUUGCAGACCGAUAGCAAGUUCAAGGAUGUCAGGAAUACGCUUAUGACGAACAUGGAAUUGUUCGAAAGGCGCCAUCUGGGUGAAAUCUCAUCCCAGCAGAAGAAAACACUCUCCAAGUUCCUGCAGCAACCAAGCUUUUCGGCGUACAGGUACCACGUUGGGAUUUUUAAUUCUGUUAUUUGUUACCCAAGCUCGACGGGUAAUUGUGUUUGUGAAAAGUCAUUAUGUUGUAUCACUAUGUAUUUGUUACAAAAAGUAAUUGCAGAACUAGUUGUCCUUGAUGAAGUUUAAAAGUUUCAUACCAUUCUAAUGCUAAUCAAGGAUAACUCUGGACAACUUCUCACUUAUGCAUACGCCCUCCUUUGAUCUUAAAACAGUUCUCAAUCCGGUGAAAUUUUCGGUAUCUUGGAAAACAUGCUGGACACCUUCAACGCUGACUUGAAGCAGGCCCGUGAGGACGAAGGAGCUGCGGUCAAGCAGUUCGCGGAAUUAAAGAAGCUCAAGGAAGAGCAGAUUGCGAGGGAUAUUAUGGCAUAGUAAAGCGAAAUCCUUACUUUUUAGCUGUGACGACUUUUCUUCGAAUCAUUUGUUUCAUUCUGUCGUGUGAUGUCAAGCAGUACUAGAUAGAACACGAUCAUCUUGGAACCACUUCUACUUCUGGCAUUCUUUUGCUAAUAUAAGCGCGCAAUUGAAGAAGGAGAACCAGAAGUAUGCAGCAGCGACAACGAAGCUCGCGGACAGUGAAGCGACCAAGGCCGAGUGCGAGGACUCUUUGGAAAAGGACACGACUCUGCUCAACGAGACGGUCGAGACAUGCACCCAGGUAUAGAUGUCUUUAGUUGUCUGUUGAAAAGAACACAUAAACCUAAAACGAGAAGCUACUUGCAAGCGUAUCUUACUGUACUGAUAGAAGGUGAACGAAAAAAAGAAAUCAUGAACACUAACACGAAGUAGACCUGUCGUUCUUUUAGUAAAAGAAUGAAAGGCUUUUACAAGUGGACUCUCAUCCCUCUACAGAACGACCAAGAAUUCUCGGAACGUACCAAGUCCCGCAACGAGGAAUUGGAAGGUGUUGCGAAGGCCUUGGAGUUUCUGAACUCCGAUGAAGCUCAUGACCUCUUCGGACGCUCCCUUGGCUUCCUUCAGGUCACCUCCUCAUCCGUCGACCAAGCUCGCGCGGUCUUGCGAUCCGCAGGGCAGAAGUACAACAACCCAGAGAUUCUGAGUUUGGCACAAAAGGUAUUCGAUAUAUUGCUUGUUUUUACGUCCUUGUUUUAGGAAUUUUCGUUUGAUUUGACCAUCUUCAUGAGUGAGUUGUUCUGCGUGGGCGGGAUGGAAGCGUAGCGUUGAAGACUCACCGCCGCCGAGAGUAGGUCGACCUCUUGUUGUAUGAACUGACAAAUCAACUUGUAUCUAAAUCUAAGAGGACUCGCAAUACGAGCGUCUAAACCUCUCUGUACUUUUGCCCAGGUAAAGUCCGACGCAUUUGCUCCCGUCAUCCACGCCAUCGACGAUUUGGUCAAGGACAUCAAGAAGACCAUGGCUGACGAUGUUGCACAGAAGGACACGUGCACCACCGAAAUCAACGAGAGGACGAAGACGGUCACCAAGUUGGACAAUGAGAUCACCAACCUGUCUGCAGAGAUGGACCGGCUGGACGCGGCUAUUACAACACUCAUUAAGGCGGAUGAAAAAUUCCAAUUUGUGUAUUGAGGUUCCAGAUAUCUACUUUGGUGCGUCAUUUAGAAAAUUUAGAAGGCUUAGGCUUUUCCAAACUGCUGCUAAGUGGGUGUCUGAGUCAUCAUCAGUUACACUAGAAUUACAACCACAUAGAACAGAUCCUAUACCUCUCUAAUCUCUCCGAGAACAUUGAGCAGACGGCUGCGGAAAUCGCGGAGGCUGAGGAGCAGUUGAACAAGGCCAGUCAGCUGAGACAGCAAGCCAACGCCGACUUCCAAGUCGCCCUCAAGGAUGAGAAGGAUAGCGUUGGAGUCCUGAAAAAGGCGGAGCAAGUCCUUGCCAAGGUACUAGUAUUUACAAGUUGAGACGUGGAAAUGCUGUUUCGAAAAGGAGUUCCUCCUUUCUUAUGGGAUUGUCUUGGUUCUGAAAAUAUUUUUUGCUAGUCCCCACACACGGACAAGCACAGUAAGCAUCAUCAUCAUGAAGUAAACCCUGCAACUACGAUCCUCCAAUCCAUUGAAAUCUGACAAUCAUCAUCGCCCCAUCCCUGCAGGUCUACGCUCCGAAGUUGCUGCAGCAGUCACCUACCUUCAAGACGUACGAGCAGAACCAGGGAGGCAACAAGGUCCUGUCCAUGAUCGCCACUAUCAUUGCUGAUACCGAAAAAAGCGCUGAGCUCCGCAUUGCCGAAGAAAAGGCAGCACAGAAGGUUAUGGAUAGAGAAAAGGUAUUGUAGUAUUGGUAUGCGUAUCGGAGAAUCGUUAUUUGAUAAGUUGUCGUAUGGAAUACUUCGAAAAGUUGCUAGAUGUUACUUUGAGAUACGACAGAAUCGAGCUACUUUUUUGGGUGCAGACCUUGUUCUAAAGUGAGGUGGGUAUAAUCUAGGGUCUGAAAUAUAUUUAGGAGCUCGACAAGGACAAAACUAGUUUGAGGUAGUAUUUUUAAGAGGAAGUAUUGGUAUUUUUUACCGACCGUUAGUACAUGUCCACGUACGUGUAGGUAGACCAACAUGAACACCUCUAAAACCAAGUACGAGAAGUUCGUCAAGAACAGCAACGACAGUAUCAAGGACAAAAAAGCUCUGAAGGCGCAGCUGACCGAAGAAAAGGCUUCCUCCGAAGAGAAGCUGCAAGAAACCACGUUAUGACAGGAGACAUUAAAUCUUCCCUUGAUUUUCACUUGCGCCUUGUAAUUACACUUGAGCGCCAUCAUUUUAGGAGAUUUAGAUCAGUCAGUAACUCCAUGAUUGAAAGCUCAUGAAGAAUCGAUGUUGACAGUGGUUGAAGGUACUGAGACUCAUAUCUAUGCAUCGUUACAUCUAAUGCUUAGAAUUAUACCUAGCUUUUUCUAAUCCCCGACAAGAAAAAGUUCACGACUGACAGCCACACUGCAGAAACAGCGGCUCUGGACCAGUGGAAGAGUGACUGCAAGUUUUUGUUCGAUAACUUCGAGAUCCGACAGGAGCACAUGUCUGGCGAAAUCGACGCCCUCAACGAAGCCAAGGCGUUUUUGAAGGGAAUGAAGCUGGACUAAGGUUUCGAACUGAACGAAGCUGGACAAAGCGCAGUGGGAAGAUAUUAGGUGAGGAGGCAAACAACGAAGUGGAGAAUUUUGCAUCAUUGUGGGAGGCAAAACUAAGACUAAAACCUAAUCAUUUUUGGUGGAAUGGAGAGGGGAUGAAGGGGCGCUUCUCUUAGUUGGUUUUCAGUAGGAUUUCUUCGAGUAGCUUCGAUUGAUAUUCAUAUUCUAUGGGGAAUUGUUGUCGUCCCUUGUUUUUUAGAUUUUUGACGUCGGUCAUCGCCGUGUAACUGAAUUCGCGUGACGUUUCCCACGCCGACGUUAAGAUGGAUUUGACCCGACUGGUACUCUCCAAACUAGUUUUUAGACAUAAUACUGAGACCGAUACUAGCAGAUGUAUAUUAGUAUCCAUUCAUGAUCGAUCAUUUAUGAACAGCCUUGCACAUCGUCCAGCGCUCAUAGUAAUGUUCAUUUUACAUCCUGAUUUUCCGAUAUUUAUGAACUUUGUCUUCCCAUUAACAUCAUCGCAUCUGACAAGUAGUUUCUUAUGAAACGUUUUUCCCAUUUGGAUAUUGAUAUUGACAAAUACCUGGUAAUAAAUAUUAAUGUCACAUCAACGCACGAAUGUUUUGAUUUUUCUAUGCUUUCUAAACUGACAUGAACCUGAGGAGAUGGAUUAUCUCUCAUCUGGCACAAACGGUAAUACUGGCAUUUGGUCGACACUGAACAGUGUGUUUUUAUGUUACUUUCGUUUAUUUACUGAAGGGCAACAGCUGUCACGCUUGUCAUGAUUGAUCUAGGGGGACAAAGGUGAAAGUCCUGUGGCUGGAGUCGUCUAAAAACACCAUGCGAAAGCUUAGCGGUCGGAUGGGGGACGCCCAGAUCUAAAGAUCUGAAGAAAGAUCUCCACAAAGCUGUUCAUGUUCAUGUUGAACAGACAUUCCGAUUGUGCCCGAUUGUGGAUCAAGAAAAUCACCGCUGUUCCAUGGUGUUUUAUUAUGCGACGUCGCACCCUGACAGAGCAGAAAAGAGCACCGUGUCACAUCAUAUGCUAG